UGUUGAAUAAUCAACUUUCUCUUGUCAUGGGAGCAGAACAGAGCGGAGAUGCUGAACACAGACAUACAGAGUCAAAUACCUCAGCUUCUCCAUCUCCAGCAAAACAAAGAGCCAAAAUGGAUGACAUUGUCGUAGUGGCUCAGGGAACACAGGCCUCAAGAAAUAUAUAUCAUGAUCUGGAUGUAAUCAAGCUUCAGGAAAUUCCAACCUUUCAGCCUCUUUUAAAGGGACUUUUGAGUGGGCAGACUUCACCUAGCAGCAGCAAACUUGAAAAACUUGACUCCCACCAAGUGCUUCAGCUGUGCUUGCGUUAUCAGAAUCAUCUCCAUCAGUGUGCUGAAGCUGUCGCUUUUGAUCAGAAUGCUUUGGUAAAGCGAAUCAGAGAGGGAUUGGUUCUUUGCAUUACAUCCCCUACUUCCCAUGAUAGACUUGGUGGCCUUACAACACUGAAUAGGAUUAAGCAGAUGGAUAUGUCUGUUGAAGCUCUAUAUGCUUUGAUGCAGGAUCGACAGAAAAGAUAUGCCAAGUAUGCAGAGCAAAUACAGAAGGUUAAUGAGAUGUCUGCAAUUCUAAGGCGUAUACAGAUGGGCAUUGAUCAGACCAUUCCACUGAUGGAAAAACUGAACAGCAUGCUUCCUGAGAAUGAGAAACUGGAGCCUUUUAGUAUGAAACCAGAGAGAGACACCCUAAAUUCUAAGUGAAUUAGCCAGCUCAUCAGUAUCAACUUAGUCUGGAGCUUUUCUUUUCAUUUGUUCUUUUUUUCAUAUUGUGGGGUAUAAAACUCAGUAAAUCCACUGCCUAACAUGGUAAAGAAUGUGACUGUCUUUAGUAGUCAUGUAUUAGCUGGAUAUAGUUAUGGAAAUCCAUUCCAGAAAAUGGAAGCCUGGCUGUUUAAAAUUGUUUAAACUGUACGUUACUAAUAUUUGAUAUUUCCAAGUCAAGGUGGUAUUAGCAAAAUGCAUUACUAUUUCUUUCUUGUAUUAACAAAGAUGUUCUUCAAACUGUCCUCCCCAAGAUUAUUUUUGUCUCCUAAGUAGCCUAAGUCAUCUAUUUAAUUUAUACUGAAACCUGCUUUUUUUUUUUUUUUUUUUAAUUCUCUCUGAUAUUCUAAUUCUUAACUCUUUUCAUAAGUGUUGGAGUUUCAGAGAAAUUUAAUCUCACUUCUUUACAUAAAUCUGCAUCUCCUUUUCUGGGCUUCAGAUGAGAUAUUAUACCAAGUCUCCAUCAGCCUGAGUUGGUGGUAGCUUGGGUGGAUGUAAAAGAUUCCAUGGUAUUUAUGAAAAAAGAGUAGUGUAAUCUCCCCAGUGCCCUGGCAAAAUUUCUCCUAGUCAGUAUGAAUAUCACCUUGGGUCUUCCCUGAAAAGAAACCACUGGCCUAGUGAGAUUGACCUGGUCAACAAAGCACAAAUAAAUAAAUAAAAGUAAGUUAAUUAUGUAGCAAACUCCUCACAUGGGCACUGUACCCUCCUUCAGAAUUACUGUAUUUCUUUGCAGUGAUUUCCCUUUCCUUAAUAUUUAUUUUUCAUUAGCGUAUCAUUUUUGUAUCAUACUUUUACCCUUUUGUUAAAGUUUGUUUUGGAAAUACUUGUAUUUGUGUCCCUUUAAAUUAAAGGUAUAUAUUUUAAAAAUGUCAUUAAAGUGGUUAAAACAUAGGGUUGUCUCAGUGAAGUAAGCGUUUGUGCUUGAAGUCUCUGCUGUUCACUUUUAUUAGCAUUUUCACUAUCAUAAUUGUUUGACUUGUGUUAGCCCAUCCAUAUUUGGGUGGAAAGGAAGAAGCCUUUAUGGGUCACUAGUUUUUCAGAUGUGCCAGGUGAAAAAGAAUAUAUACCUACAUUGUCAAUGCUGCAGUGCAUAUGAUCAUUGCUUUAGAAUAAAACAAGAAAAGUGAAAGACACAUUUUUGCAUGAAGUGUUUACUGUUUUUUAUGUAUUUUUCAUGAAGUGCCUUUUAAUUGUUUGAUUUCCAUUAACCCUUUUCUAGCUGGAAAGUAGAAGGCCUUUGUGGUCAUUCAUUUUUGAAGUAAGUCAGCUCAAAAGGGGCAUUUAAGUGAAAAAUCAAAGCUUCAUUUCUGUAAUUGUUACUGUAGAAUGCAGCAGGAAUGCAGUGUUACCUGUUUGUGUAACUUUAAUGGAAAACUUGAUUGCUGUUUUAAUAUCCUUCAAAUGGUUUUGUUAAAACUGGUGCAGAAUAUUAAGUAUAGCUGUUACAAUGCACCGAUACUUGUGACUGCAGCUCAUGUUGUAACUGUGGGUUCAGCAGUUAAGCUAUGCUGUUUUAGUAUAAUCACUUGUGCUGAAUCAUCCUUAAUUUGACACUGCCAUUUUGUGGAUCCUUUCCAAUUUAUUAAAGGCUAAGCUAUGGUUAUACAUUCAUUCUGUGACAGUCCUAUUGCAGAAAAUACUGGAUUAUUAGACAGUAUUCUAGGAAGAAUCUAUUGAAAAUUUGGUUGAAAAGAAUGAAAAUGUUAUUACUGUGCUGGAAUUUGUAAACAUUGUGGCCAUUUCAGCAUUCUGAAACUAAACUGUCAAUAAACAUAUUCUUUUAAAAGUGUUCA